AUGGAAACUGAAAAGGAGCUCCACCCACACUCACCCCACAUUGCAAGUGAAGAAGAGAUGCCUGUUCUCAACUCCGAAUGUUCAUCGAAGAGAAAUUACGCCUGCUUGUCAAAUCCCGCGCAUCAGUCAUCAUCACCCAUUUGCCCAAAUGGAACUGCAGUUAAUACUACUACUACUACUACUACUACUACUACUACUACGACUACUACUACUACUAAUGCUACUAAUGCUACUAAUGCUAAUAAUAAUACUUCUACUCCUUCCUCUUCCUCUUCCUCUAUUUCUACUCCCACUCCCACUGCUAAUACCACCUCCACCUCCACUACCACUACCACAAGUACGACGACAACGACCACUCCCACGAUUAAUACGGCGACAUCACGGAAGAUCUCCACAGUAUCGGGACGGCGAACGGCUGCACGCACCGUACACAGUAGUCAUCGGCACACUCCAAAGAAUAAAAUGGGUUCAAAAGUUGAAAAGUGUCGAACUGCGAGAAUUUUAGCCAUGCAAUGGCUAUCACUGCUAAUUCAAAGACAACCAGACUGUUCCACAUUGAAUGAGCAACAGGAACCAUCGAAUCAACGACACGAUGGAGAAAGAAUACAGAUGAAUACUAUAAGAGAAAGUACUCCGCAAGGGUCUACCUCUAUGGAGACUCUGAAGAGAAGUGCGAAGCUUUCCAGCAGUGGAACUAUCGCUGGGGAAAUGAAAGGAUCAACAGAAUAUCAUAUCUGUCCAACUACCCUUGAACUUGUACCGGAAGAGGAGAACUCCAUCCCACAGAUUUUGUGCUCGUUAAGAGAAAUUGCCUUAACGGGUGCUUCACUAGAUGCUUCCCCAUCUAGCAAAGAUGUUUUCAAGUCAAAUGAUAAUACUUUCCCAGUAACGAGUAGUAAUGUUUGUGGGAAAAAAGGAGCAACUACUCCCAUGAUGGCUGCUAAUAAUAAUAAUAACAACAACAACAACAAGGGUGGUGAUUCUUUAUCAUCAUCAUCUCAUAAUGAAGUUGAGGGACAGUGGGAGGAGAUUAGAAUGCACUUUGAGACAGUGCAUCGUCUGGUGCAGAACCGAGAAGAGUUUGCAUCAGCACUGAAUACAGUCUUAGGUGUUGAUUGGUGCCUGGAGAGUGAUGGACCAUCAAGUUAUUUGGAUCCAUUUUCAACGGGUGAAAUGUCACUACCACCAUCGCAGGCUUCAGGAACUAGUCAAACAACGAUAUCGAGUACACCAGUUUCUUCGGUUUGGACAAGGAAAAAGGAAGAGGAAAAAGAAAAACAAAAACAAGAUAAGAAAGAGCAACAGGAACAGAAGAAGCCGAAUCAGCAGAAAAUGUCGAUGCCGGAAGGAGAGAUGAAAGCCAUUCAAAGUACAUUAAAUCACGAAGCACUUCCUUUUGAAUCUCAAUUGUACCCUUUAACAUCAAGUCCAUCACUUGAUGCGGCACCAUACUAUUAUUCAGGUGCUUCCACAUUAGGGUUAACCUCAACAACAACGACAAAACCUCCUGUGAAUACUUCACAGUGUCUCUCCUCAUCACCACCAGUCUUGAAUGGGAAUGAACCGGUGGAAACAUCAGAAAACACAACCACUCUGCCCGCAUCAUCCUCAUCGCCUGCAACGAAGGCGGCAACACCACCAACCGCGUCUUCAUCCUCAUCCUCGCCGACUGUAACAUUUAAGUUGGAGUCUCGAGAGGAUAUGCUUCGCCGGCGCACGGCUGCAGCAGCGGCAGCGGCAGCGGCUGCUGCACAUUAUGCACCUACUAAUACUAGUGGCUAUUAUGUUAAUCAAUCUCGUGGUAGUUGGAGUUAUCCAGUCUCACCGCCUUUGUCUUUUAUGAACCCUUCUGUGGUUCAAUCACAAUGUCCUUUUGACUACCUAUUAGUACUUGACUUUGAGGCAACCUGUGAGGAGAACACACCUCCAUCGUAUUUGUAUGAAAUUAUUGAAUUCCCUGUUGUUUUGGUGGAUGUAAAACUACAGCGUGUGGUGGCCGAGUUUCAUCGUUAUGUAAAACCUAAAGUACAACCCAAACUAAGUGAUUUUUGUCGUGGAUUAACAGGAAUUCAACAGGAGGAUAUUGAUACCGCUGCACCACUGGAUGAUGUGAUUAAACAGUUUGAGCGAUGGUAUGCGCAUACUAUUUCUCCUGGAGCUCGCGUAAUGAUUGCAACCGAUGGACCUACAGAUCUUCGAGAGUUUAUGUAUGUACAUAGUGUAAGUCGACAGGGAAUUCGAUUUCCAAGUAUUUUUUACCAGUGGAUUGAUGUUAAACGUGCCUUUGCGCAUUUUUUUAACUGUCAACAGGGUAAAAUAAAAGCAAUGCUAGAUGUUCUAAAGUGUCCUAUUGAGGGACGUUUGCAUAGUGGAAUCGAUGACGCGAGGAACAUUGCGAAGAUUGUCAUUCGCAUGCUACAAAUGGGUUGUUCCUUCUGUGAGAUCCCACUCAGUCGUUUGCCGUAUGGAACUACAAAUUCGGUUACUGGAUUGGUAACACCAACUACUGCAUGA